AUGAAAACAAAUGAUAAAUUGGGUGAAAUUGUUGUAAAAUUAUAUGAUGAAGAUGACACUCAACAAGUUGACGAAUUUCUUAUUGUCCCCAUAACUGCUUGUAUUAUUAUAAUUGGUGUCCUGGUGACAUCUGUCAUCAUUUUUCGAAUUCUUCUUUUCAUUUCAAAUCGAAAACAACAAAUGAAAAAAGGUAAAAUGGAAAUGGAAGCUAAAGAACAGGAAGAAUAUCUUGCAAUUCCGAAAACUGAAACUAUCAGUGCAGUUAAUUCAAGAAAAAUACCAUAG